AUGAAACGGAUAUAUAUCCUGCAGCAAGGCACGAGCCUGCUUCGAAAACAGCCCCUGCGUGUGGGCCCCUCAUCGAUACCAGGUGCCGGCAGCGGAGUGUUUGCUACAAAAAACAUCAAGGCAGGAACUAUCGUCAGCUUGUUCCCAGUCCAUGGGAUAGGAUUGGAGCAGUUUGAUGAUACAAAUGCUAUUGUUGCUGCCACCGAGGAGGACCACGCCUACUUUCAUCCCCUAGACGACGAAAAUGAUUGUGGUGAUGAGGACGUGGAUGCUGAUGCGGAAAAUGUUGCUAGUAGUAACCACAACUACCUUCAUUAUCUGAUUGGGUCGCGUCCUUUGUGUGGAUUUCGAGCAGCCGACCACGAUGCGACUCUUUACAUUGACGUUAACCCCAACAAAAGUGUUCAAGAACCAUGGAUAAGCCAUUUGAUCAACGAUGGUGCCAUUGUCGAAUCCAACACCGAACAAGGACUGCUGGAUUACUACCGAGAAACGACGAAACUUAAAAACUGUGUUACUAUUCCCUUUGGGCCGGCUCCACUCAUGGUUACGGUAACAAAUUGCAAGGUGAAAAAGGGAGAGGAGUUGUUCACAACCUACGGAGGCUCCUAUUGGCUGGACGCAUUCCUCGAAUACGACGACGAGGAACCAGUGGAUAUUACCGAGGCUGUGCACUUGCAAGCCAAACAAACGGCGCAAGACCUCUUUAGCUCCAUGCAGAACGCCCGUACCACAUACGUGAAUCUCGAAGCAGACCUUGAAAAGGAGUUCUCUAUCUCCUUAUUAGAGUAA